CCAAUUUUUCAAAACCAUUUAUUAUUAUAAUAAUUAUUUAUUUAUUUAUUUAUUUUGGAGAAUAGACAAAGUUGCUUGUCUCUAUACUGCUUCAUCCUAUAUUAAAGUUUUACCUUAGCCUGGUGUUUCAGAUCUUCUGUUUAAUUUGCUCUCUACCCCAUAAAAUUCUGCUUCAAACAAAUCUAAAACUCAUUCAAUAACUCAACAAAACCAAACGCAAUAUAUUCUCUCUCUCUCAUAUUCUUUCAGACAAAACCCUAAACCUACUUUCUUUACCUUUUUUUCAGUUUCUGUAGAUCUGAAGAAGAAGAGAAAGAUGAUGCAGGAGCUGUUGGGUGGAAGUAAUGUCGGUAUAAUUGGCGGAGGGGAUAGAUCCAAGGGGUUUUUUGACGGCCAGUCAUCUUCGCCGUCUUCUUCCGCCGCGGCGGCGGCGGCGGCGGCGGCCGAGAGCGUGAGGUGCCCUCGAUGCGAUUCUCCGAACACGAAGUUCUGCUACUACAACAACUACAACCUCACCCAGCCACGCCAUUUCUGCAAGACCUGCCGCCGCUACUGGACCAAAGGCGGCGCCCUCCGCAACGUCCCCAUCGGCGGCGGCUGCCGCAAGAACAAGAGCGCCACCAUAGCUGCGGCCGUCUCGAAAACUGGCGUCGCCGGGAAGCUGAAGUCGCUGUCUUCGGAGAUUGGCAGGACGGCCGGCGGCCUUUUCGGCGGCGGUGGCGGCUUCGACCACCAUGAACAGGCGGCGGCGCUUUCCACAAACCCUACACUGUGGGCCCCAUCUCAAAAUUCCCACAUUCUCUCCUUACUCAGAGCAAACCAGAACCUUCAUAACUACCCUACCAGUCAUCUGACAAACUCAGUGAAGGAAGACGGUUUGCUGUUCGGAUCAUCCAUGAAUGCUCGGACCAUGGGUUUCGACCCGGUUGACCCGACCCAUUUACCCUACAUGAGUCUGUCGAAUUCUUCCUACAGAACCCAAACCGAUCAACCCAGUAACCAAGGAUUCGGACACGGUGAUUCAGCUGAUCAGAAUAGCAACAAUGGAUUACUAUUUCAAGAACUGUAUCAAAAGUUCAGGCCAACAACAACAAACUACUACCCAGAUCAAAACGGACCAAUAAUACUCGGACACGUGGCGUCUGCAACUUGUUCCAUGAAUUCAGCUAUUCUUGAGUCAGCACCAGUUUCAGCAGGUGAAUUAGGGUUCUGGAAUAACAAUAAUAACAAUAAUGCCACUCUUUCCUGGGCAACUGAUUUUCCCACCAGUUUGUAGAAAUUUCAGUUAAAUUUCAGACAAGCUAGGGUUUGGUGUUUGUGUGUUCUUUAAUUCAUGUGUGUUAGUUAAUUUGGGGUUUGGUAUAUCAUAUAUGAAAUAUCACUAGUACUUUAGCCAGUAGCAUCAUCAUCUUUAAUUAUUUUCUUUUAUUUUUAACUAAUUAGUUGUUGUAAGUUUGAUAUGUUUAUUAAUCGAGAUUAUUGUGUGGUUAAUAUAAGGAUUUAGGUUUUAAUUAAUUAAUUAUAUUCUGUUGAUUAUUGUCUGUUUAUGCAGAUGUCACAUUAUCUUUUAAAUCUGCACUAGUAGUGUAUAUGUGUAUGUAUAUAUGUAUGUGUAUAUAUGAAUUUCUUGAACCGCGGGAGAAGAUUCACUUGGCACAAA